AUGCUCCAAGGAAUUGGCAACAUGGCUCAGUUCAAGAAGGUGAUUGACCAAGCAAAGGCAUUCACCAUAUUUGUCUGUGAGCACACAAGAACAUUGGAAUGCAUGAGAUACUUCACAGAGGGGAAAGAGAUAAUAAGGCCAGGAGUGACUAGGUUUGCUUCAACCUUUCUCACUUUGAACAACAUACAAGAGAAGAAGGACCAGCUAAGAAAGAUGGUGGUUCAUAAUAGGUGGGACUCAUUGAAGGAUGUGAAAUCAAAGAAAGGAAAAGAUGCCACAACAAUUAUAUUGAAUCCAACCUUUUGGAAGGAUGUCAAGCUAACAUUAACUGUUUUUGAGCCAUUGGUCAAAGUUCUUCGUUUGGUUGAUGGGGAUGUGAAGCCAUCCAUGGGUUUCAUUUAUGGAGAACUACUAAAGGCAAAGAGAGAGAUCAAGGAGGCCUUUGGCAAUAAAGAGUCCCGUUUCAAGGAGGUAAUUGCUGUUAUUGACAAGAAGAUAAAAGGAAGACUUGAUUCUCCAUUGCAUUUGAUAGCUUAUUUGCUGAAUCCACACUAUAGUUAUGCUAACCCAUCAAUCUUUGAUGAGCCCACAAUAAUAGAAGGAUUUAUUAGUUGUGUGGAGACUUUUUAUUAUCAUGAUGAAGAUAAGCAAGAUCAGGCUGCCAACAUUGAACUGAAAAAGUUUCAGAAUAGAGAAGGACCAUUUAACAAGAAGCUUGCAAGGACUUUUGAAAACAUUGAUUACAACCCAGCUCAAGGUUUUCUGUAUGAGAAUGAAGAUGAUUGUGCAUUAGUUGUAUAUAGCGAUGGGGAAGAGGAGAUGGAAGGUACAAGGAUACCUUGGUUUGUUAUUGGAAAUGCAGUGGGAGCAGAAGAACAACUUGAGCUGCGUAGAAGUGCAAGAGCGAGACAGCUUUAUGAAGAAGAAGAGUUUGAGUCCGAAGAAGAAGAGUUUGAUGAAGAUGAGAAUGAUUAUGUGGAACCCUAUUGA